UGCGUUGUAGAUUGUUUUCCCCGUACAGGUCACCGUCUACUCUUUUUCCGGUUAAAAAAGUGAUCACUUCCGCUCAGCUGAGAGACGGAAGACGGACCGCAAUGGCGGCUGAGGUGUACUUACUCUGGCUAUUGCCGUUGCUUCAAUCGCUGGCGGCGUUCGGAGCAGAGUUGUCGUCGGAGGCGUGCAGGGAGCUCGGCUUCUCCAGUAACCUGCUAUGCAGCUCAUGCGAUUUGUUGGGGCAGUUCAGCCUGACGCGGCUCGAGCCAUUCUGCAGGCAGUGCUGCCAGGAGGAGGCUCAGCUCGAGUCCAGGAAGCUCUACCCCGGAGCCAUCCUCGAGGUCUGUGGAUGAAAACUGGGGAGGUUCCCUCAAGUCCAAGCUUUCGUCAGGAGCGACAAGCCAAAGAUGUUCAAGGGCCUUCAGAUUAAGUACGUGCGAGGCUCGGAUCCUGUGCUGAAGCUGCUGGACGAUAACGGGAACAUUGCUGAAGAACUCAGCAUCCUCAAGUGGAACACGGACAGCGUCGAGGAAUUCCUGAGUGAAAAACUCGAGCGCAUUUAACACUUCUGUUCUAAUUACUGCAUUCCUUCCGAACGUCCUCCAUCCCUGACAUUCUUCUGAUCGUCGGAUGAUUCAUCUAAAUUUGUAGUUUGGUUCCUUUUGUUUUUUGUACUGUUUGUGUACAGAGGAUCGUGACGAUGCUGGGUCGGCGGUGUUUGCCGUUUUUCUCCAUACACUAGCGCUUGUGCGGAGCUGCACGUUAGUGAAGGCCUCGCAGGAAACCAGUGUGCGGUGUGUGAGGCCUGAAGUGUGUGCAGUUCUCACAGUGUGUAGCGACGGAGAGAGAUGUGAGCGCUCCAUCUGGUGUUUGAACCGAUCUCUCUGAUCUUUGUUUAAUAAAGUUUUGUUUCCAAACAAUAUAAACAUUUGGAUCUUCAGUUGAUUUUUAAUGAGUUUGAUGUCAUCAGUUGUUAUUUGGCUUUUACUGGAAAUGAAGAGAAAAGUAGCAAAGAAAGAAAUGUUCCAAUCAUAAUCAAUUCAUAAUAAAUUAGUGUUGAAUAAUAUUUAAAAAAGUUUUAAAGAACAAGAAAGUACUGCAAAUAAGCUUGGGAUGCUGAUGUCCGUCUGACGUCAGUUUGCAUUUAUACGAGUUUUUUCCCUUGGGGUUUAUCCCCCUUUUUUUGUCAUAUACAGGAAUAAUCAUAUUACUCAAGCUGUGUAACAUUUUUUGACUUGAUCUGUGUAGCUUUACAUCACUUGAAACAUCAGAACAGGUUGAAACCAGCACUUAUGCUUUUCUUCCUUAUACUGGUUUCAUAUCCAAAUAAAUUCAUACUAAAAAAUGAAAUAUUUUGAGGUUACAGUUUGCUGUUAAUUUCAUUUAUAUAACAAUAAGUAAAUCUUUUAACAUAUUUGUCAGUGAAGUAACUGCUGUGUACUUGUAAUAAAAGUUGACUGCAGUACAUUAUAAAAUCCUUCAACAGCUGUAUAUCAGUGUUUCUGUAUUCAGAUUAAACAUCGGCCUUCUA